UAUACGCGGAAGAACCAGUAAAACUGAACUCUGCAUUGUAAUGGGACGUUCAAUGUUUUGAUGUUUACAUUGGGUAGCGAAUGUUAUAGCCGUUAAGUGUGUUUGCUCAGCAAUAUGGAUUUCGUGAAAGUUAUGACAGCAGAAAACCGAGUUAGUCGUGUAGACUAUUUAUUAACUCGGUCGAACUCUCGUCAAACGAGUUGUUUUCGAAAUAUAAUGCUCAGUUUUGCUUUAAAACUGUGAUCUAUCGGAUGCAAUGAGAAUACUGUGAUCUUGAGAGACUGAUGAAUUCUGCUGAAUUCAUUUCAUGCUCUUUUGUAAAUAUUUUAAAAUCUGUGAUAAAUGCAUCAGAAAAUAAAUUGAAUACUCUUUUGAUAAUUGAGAACUCUUAAAAACUAGUACAUUUCAAUGGCUGUUGCUUCAACGGUGACUAUACCUAAUUUGUUUACAUUCCAGCAACCUGCAGUAACAAAUUAUACUACUCUGAGUAGUCCAGAUUCACCUACAAGGAAAGGAUCUUACGGUGUAGGAUCUAAUGCAGUUGUUCGAACACGUCGUCGUGCAAAGUGCCUCUUCUCCAAAUUCUUUUCUCCCAAAUUUGUAUAUUCUUGUAUACCAGCUUGUGCUGUACUGGCAGCAUUAACCUUUACUCUGUUUAUAGGCAAAGAUUAUGUGAAAUAUGGACUCUUGUGGCUGGACAAUCAAGAAGAAUGGAUAGUAUGCAUUGUGUUUCUAAUUUUAUACACAGCAGUGUCAUUUCCUAUGACAUGGGGCUAUGUACUUUUAAAUUUGGCAUGUGGUUAUCACUUUGGUCUUAUUGCUGGGACAGUUGUGACAGCUAUUGCAGCUAGUGCUGGCAUUGUGUUUGCUCAUCUGCUAAUGAAACAUUAUUUUGUUGGUACAAUCACAGCUAAAAUCCUCGGGCCAGAUGUACUGAAAGCAACUAUAGCAGCUUUACAGAGUGCUCAUGCAUUCAAACUCAUUGCAAUUUCUCGACUUACACCAAUACCAUUUGGCCUUCAAAAUGCCCUCUUUGCAAUCAGUCCUGUGUGCCUGUGGCGAUAUGUGGGUGCAUCUGCUCUAGGUCUUUUUCCUACGCAACUCAUUAGUGUUUAUCUGGGAACAACAGUGAGAUCCAUGGAAGAAGUUCUGGUAGAUGAAAAUACUGCCACUGUCGGUUACGGCGUUCUAAUUCUACAGGUUGUGCUGAGCGUUGCCCUAUUGGCCUACAUUCUGAAAAGAGCAAGACAGGAACUUAGCAAAUCAGUGAAGGGAGAUCUGGAGGAAAUUAUCAUCGGUGGCAAAAAGCCAACUAACCAGAUGGGAUCCGACUUUAAUUUCAACUAUAUCUCCCAAAAGUUGCCUUAUUCCUGCUCCGGAAACAAAUCUGCUCGCCUUUGCCUUCUGCACAGGAUCUGAUUUCACUGCAGCUAUCCUUUUACAUAUGCAAUUCUUACAAAUGCUGUUCCAUACGGGAUGCGAAUUGGAAAUCUCACAAAUUCAGUGUGCCUGAAAUUUUAAUGUUACUUAACGUAUUUUCCCUGUCGACCGUGAACGUUGGCUAACAUCGAAUCUUGAAAGCUGACGGAGGUAUCGCCAAAUUUUGUUUAGAACGCUGUCAGUAAAUUUCCCGUGAUAAAUGUUUCAGAUCUAUUACUGUUUUAUUGGCCAUAUUCAGCUAACCAUGUCGUGUCCAUUAAUGCACAUUUAAUUUGACGAUAGGAUUCCAUAACUUUGAAAAUAAUUUCCUGCUUCUAGCUUUGUAAAAGAAAGGUCUCAAACUUUAAAUUUUUUAAAUGGUAGAAAAGGUACAGCAGUAAUAAAUUAUUCAUAAAUUUGUUCGAAAAAACGAGAAGUGGCUUAUCGAGAAUCGGUUGAAUUUACGUCAGACGUAAGCGCAGAUGUUAUGAGUAUAUUGUUUCGAAACACUCAUUCAUAAAUGGCGCGAAACUGUACUGCUUGGCAACGGUUUCACGAUCGAUGGGAUAGUACGUUAACCCUUUUUUAUUAGUACGUAAAUGCGAAUAAAUUUAAUUUGAAAGUGAGCUGAAUUGAAUAUAGUACGUGAAGUAAAAUUUAAAAAAAGAAAAGAAAAGAAACUUCUGUUGGUCUGUUCUUUAAAAUAGUGUACUCAAAUUUUAUUUAAAAAAUUAAACUCAGUGCUUCUUCUUGGUAAGUCCGUAUACAUGUAAUUUUGUAUAUUUGUCCCUUUUGAUUUUCUCUCAUUUUAUGAAGAUCAGGAAAGAAGUCAUCAGCGCAGUCAUUAUUAUGAAACAUAAAGAAUUUACUGUGCAAAGAUUAUUUAUUAUACCAAAGAGGAAAGUGAAUGCUACGCAGUAAAUGAUUUAUUUAUUGUUUUUUCAGGCACUGUUUUUUCUUUUAAUUUUAUAGUAACCGUAUAGUUUUAUUAAUUGGUAUGAAAAAUCAAUUAUUUAGAUCUUUCUUUUCUGUUCUUUUGUUAUGCCUAAUAAAAAAAAAUUAGAAUCGCUAAAUGAAAUUCACUCGUGUAUUCAAACACUUAUUUCUAUUUUGUAAGGUAGGUAAAGUAUAUAAUAAAUGAAAAUUCGUAAUUAGUAAUACUCUUCCUUCCGAAAUUGUCAUCUGUGAAAUAUGUUGAGAAUUUAGUAGUUUUCUCGUUAUAAGAACAUACCUUGUGUAAAAACAAAUUAGUAAUGAAAGGUAUUCACCUGCAGAUUUGUAUUCUUAAUUGUCAUGAAAUUUUACCUAAUUCUCAUUUCAUCCAAAUUUAACGUUAUUUUUUUAAAUUACUAUGUAGUUUAUUGAACAAAGCACCUCAUUGUUUAAUUUAAGUUUCUCUAUUGCCGUCUAAUUGACAAUUUCUCUUUUCGAAAUAUUUAUGAAAAUCUAAGAUUUAAGUUUUUAAAGAAUUCUUGUUAGCUUAUUAAAGAAUUGCCUUCAGGUUCGUUUUUCUUAAAUUUAAAUAUUGAUAAGUCAGAGUUUUUCUUUUUCUUUCCCUUCCUCCUCCCUUUCUUUUAAUGUUUAUUGUUUAGUUUCACUGCGGGUGAUUCUGAGAAAUGUUUUAGUAGAGGAUAAUUGCUUCUUCUGAUAGAUUUCUAUAGGAGUGUACUGAAAUGUGUAGCAUUUUCAGUUCGAAUGCUUUUAAAAUGUUAUAUCAAUUUGAUAAUCGAAGAUUUAAAUAACGGGAAAAAAAAAAUAUUUCACAGAUAAAAUUCUUCCAUUGAUAAAACUCGUUUGAACCGGAUGGUUCUAGUUGGCAUUACUAUCAACAAUUUUAGAAGUAUGUAUCGCUUGGCUGGAAUUAGUGAGAUCGUAGUAUACCCAUUUAUGAUUUUCGUAAGUGCCUUAGAUCUUGGAAUUCAAUUAAAUUUGUAAAUUUGUUAAUUGAACUGUUGAGACUUUUUAAUAAUUUCUAAACGGACUUUCACAUUUUAACUGCAUUUUAAAACUCAAUAUACUAGAUAAAGAUAUUUUC